AUGGAUAAUAAUUAACCAAAGGAAGCAAGAUAUUCUCGGAAAUUGGAAUAAAGAUGCAAAAUAUCGAAAUAUAAAAUUAAUAAAUAAUAUAAAUCAAUUUAGUUAGGGAAACAAUACUUUAUUAGAAUGGAUUUGCUAUCUUUUUCUUGUGUACGACCACAUACUAUCUUUUCUAAAACUUAUUACUUAAAAGUAAUGGAAGAUGAGGUGAUAAUCUCUGCAUUCAACAAUUUCAAGAAUCCAAAAUAUAUAAUAGAACUCAAAUUAACAACGUAAAUUCUUUGGAAAAUAGGGAAGUAAAACUUGAAAGCAUUUGGAAUAUUUUAUCAGAAUAAAAUCAAAUAUUUUGAAGCUCAACAUAGUUAUUUGGAAUAAUUCAAAAAAAUGAUUGGGGGACGAGUAAUCUAUAGAAACAUGGCAUCUUUUUAUGAACCAAUAUAAUUCAUUGGAGAAGGAAUGUCCGCAAAAGUAUUUCGAAGCAUCGAGAAAUAAACCAAUAAGGCAGUUGCAGUCAAAAUGAUUAAACAAGAGUUUGGAAGAGAAGAACAGGCCUUGGACAUAGUCAGAACGGAAGUAAAAAUAUUGUAGUCGCUUGAUCAUCCCAACAUUAUCAAAGUGCUUGAAGUUUAUGAAAAUGAUUAGACUUUUUGGAUUGUCUAAGAGUUUGUUCAAGGAACACCUUUGAGCGAAAUAUUAAAAUAAAAACUGCCGACAGAGCAAAUAAAGAUGAUAAUGAUCGGUUUGCUGAAUACUGUAAGUUAUUUGCAAUCACUAAGAAUUGUGCAUCGAGAUAUCAAACCAGAGAAUAUCAUUGUAUAAAAAGAUAGUUCAAUUAAAGUCAUUGAUUUUGGAUUUGCUGCUAAUUUGAAAUUUGGCUCCGUAAGCAGUGUCUGUGGAACGCCAGGUUAUUAUGCACCUGAAGUACUUAGAUAAAAAGAAUCAAGCUUUAAUUCUGAUAUGUUCAGUGUUGGAGUAGUGUUAUUUAAUUUAAUCACAAAUCAGCCUAUGCUUAAAUCCAAGAUGUAUAAGGCUUAACAAUAUGUUGCAGAUGAAGAAGCUGCUGAUUUAUUGAAACAAAUGUUGGAAGUAGAUCCAGUCAAGAGAUUUACAGCACAAUAAGCACUCGAGCAUCCUUAUUUUAAAGGAUUUUAAUCAAUAAAUGAAAAGCAAGACAAUCAAUGUUCAUCUGAGCAUCAAAUAUUACAAUAACAAAUGCAAAAUAAUUAAUAACAACAAUAUUAACCAAAAAAAAGCAAUAAAAGUCUAGAUGCCAAAACCAUCAAAUCUCUCCGAACUACUAACAUAAUUGACUUGUGA